AUGGCCCCGAUUCAACAUCCUACGCCUUGCGGUAUGUCAACGACGCUAGGUAUCGUCGACUUAAAUGAAGACUUGCUAACAUUGAAACAAACUUCAAGGAGCAAAUUCUCUCAAUUACCACAUGAACCAGUCCUUCAAUCCCUCUUGGACACCUUUUUUCGAUACUGCCAAAAUCAGCCGUACGUGUACUUCCGUCAAGCGUCGUUCUAUCGUAGAUUCGAGAAGAAGGAACUUCCGGAGUAUCUUCUUAUGGCUAUGGUUGCUCUAGCCGCACGAUUUUCUCAUGAAGCAUUCUUUGAAUCGCAACAGCUGGAGGCUACCACGGUAUAUGGCCGAACAACCUGGAAUCAGAUUUUCGACAAGGCUUUCGACGAUGACCACGAUCUAGUGGACAUUCAUAUGGUUCAAGCCACCAACAUGUUGGCGGUGGUAGACUUUACAGCUGGACGCCAUCACCUGGGCUGGGUAAAGAUUGGUCUCGCUGUCAGGUUUGCCCAGAGCCUGCAACUGAGUUCCGAACCGCGAGAAACCCUGUCAUUAGAGGAACAAGACGAGAGACGAUUAACGUUCUGGUCUGUUUACUUGCUCGAUCGACUGGCCUCAUGUGGCGUUUACAGGCCUCCUACGAUUGUGGAUAGCGAUUGCUCGACUCUGUUACCUUCAGACAGCCCUGACACGAGUGAUACAGUGCCUAGUUUACGCCUUCUGGAAGAAAUGGAUCUGAUUCAUGAGAUGGGCAGCAUGGAUCCGUUUGUGCACACAAUCCUGAUGGCAUCUGCAUUAGGACGGGUGGAGCGGCAAACGCUCCAGCAGCAAGGAUCCAACGAGCGUUAUCCUCCAUGGGACUCUCGAAGUGACUUUGCAGCUAUUUACAGCUUACUGUUGAGCUUUGAGGGGCAUUCCAAAAUUACCGACGUUUCAUUUUCUGAUGCGAUCAAUGCCCACUACAUCGGCACCGACGGCUUAAUCGAUCACCAGAAAGCAGGGCAUUUUGUCUUCUCGACGAUGCUCUACCACAUGAACCAAUGCAUCCUGCAUCAUCCUUAUCUGUUUCGAAAGCGACUAGAGUCGUGCAAGGCUCAGGCACCGCUGAGCUUUGUCCGGGAAGUUCUGCGUCGCUCUUUCGAGCACGCUGAACGAUUGAUAGUCACAGUUCGAACCAUCCAGGAGCUUGGGAUGACCAUAAGCUCAUUCUAUGGUUACGCCAUGGUAGUUGGGGGGGUCGUUUGCAGACUCUUCUCCCACCACGACGACAAUGCGACAUCUAGUGCAGCGAAGCAGCUCUGUCAAUACGCAAUGGAGUUUUUAGAGCACGGGCGACGCCUUUGGGGACAUUAUCCAAAAAUGGCCAUUGCACUAGAGAACUUCAGCCCAGAUCCUGUGGUUGCAGGAGCACUCGUUGCCGCGACACGGUCUACGGGCCUCUGCAGCGAUCCCAGCUUGCAGUCGAUGGAGAACCUCCUUGACUACGGCUGGCUCUCUGACCCGGCCCGUGACCCGGCCCGGUUCAAGUUUCCGGCGGUCAAUGACAGAGCUCCAACAGAUCAAGUUCAUUCCCCAAAUCCUUUUUUAUCCUGCGAGGACAAUGGAAUGCCAAAUAUUUUGGACGGCGAGGGUGUUUCAGGACCCCCCAAACUGUCAUCGAGCGACGUCCGUCCGACAACAGAAGAUCAGAUCGUACAGAUUGCUGGUGAAGGCCCUUCCUACGACUAUGGCUGCAUCGUACUGAAAGAUUCCGAUUUCGAUGGCGUGGUACAAAUCCAGCAAGACCUUGAAUUGGACCUGACAACCCACCUUGAGCUCGACCCUUGGGAGAGUUUUCUUGCUGACGGCCGAGAUUCGUCUAAUCCGUUCAACGCUGCAAAAACACCAGCCUUGCGGUGGACUGCACACCAGCUGCACUGA